AUGAAUACACAAAAGGCGCAAGAUAUAAUUCGCACUGGGAUUAUUUCUGAUUCUGAAUACCAAGAAGCCUCACAACUCCUCUCAGGAAUAAUUAAAUAUGCCCCUCUGAGCACCUGCAAAGAAGUAAUAAUCAUGAUCAAAAGAAUAAUCAAGGACAAAUCUUGCCCUCCAACAUCCAAACUGAGAGCUUUAAAGCUCUUCCACGAAUGCAUGAUGGCUGAUAAUACUUCCUUUUUGAUGUAUGCACAAAAAAAAAUUAUGAGUCGCCUUACAGCGCUUGCAAAGCAUAAAAAGCAAGAAUCUGAUGAUAAUAGAGGAGAUGAUAUUUUUGGCAUUGCAAGUCUGAGUUCUGAAGAAAACAGGCUCGCUAGUAGGAAUUUUUUGAUAACUUUGCUGAAAAAUAUUCAAACCUGAGCUGAAAACUAUGGACGAGGCCCAGAUGGAAGGCCAAGUUCAUAUUUGAAUUACUAUAACCAAUUGCUAAAAGAAAAUGUUAUAUUCCCUAUGCAGCUACUUACUCAAUCAAAGCAAUAUGCGUCUAGAAGUCCUCCAGAGAAGCUUGUAAUGAAAUAUCCAGGAACUAUUCAAAGAGAUUAUGAUACAUAUCGGCCUCCUUCAAAACAAAAUUCAAUUACUUUUAAAAAUUCAAUUGAGUCUGCAGUCAAAACUUUCUAUGAUCUAGUUACAGCUGGAGAAAAAAAAGAAGUGCUUGAUGAGAGGGCAGCAUGUCUUAAAGGCUAUAGAUCUGAUAUAGAAAAUCAAAUCCAAAAUUGCAGCACUGAUAGUGUUGAAUGGGUUGAAAUGCUUUUUCAAUUAGGAGAUAAGGUACAAAACGCUUUAGAAAUGUAUGAAAAUUUUAAAAAAGGUAAAAAAACUGAAAAUAUAAAUGAUAAGAAUUUAGGAACGCCAAAUAAAUCUUUAAAUGAAAGUAUAUUAGACCUAGACAUCUUCAGCGAUAUCCCUCCGCAGAAAGCAUCUCCAGUUGUUAUAAAGACACAAGGAUCUCCAACUAAGCCAAUGCAAGGACCUAUUGGAAAUGGAGCAUUUAAUGAUCCUCUCUCCUUGACUCCUGUGAAAACUCAAAGCCCAGCUGCAGUAAACCUUUUUAAUCCUCAUCUAUCUCCCAAUCUUAAUUCUCCUUCCAUAUUCCAAACUUCUAUAAAAUCUCCGAGUGACCGAAUCGAAAUUUCAAUUCUAAAUCCCUCUCCUUUUAAGCAAGCAAAAUAUUUGGAUCAUUCUUGCAAGAUUUAUUUUUAAUUUAAAUGGGAGAUAUUAUUUUAAGGUAUUUUUCCUGCUAAUAGCUUUUGUUGCUUUCUGAGUUUUCCAUCAUUAUUUUUUUUUUGAGAUUGAAAUUUCCUGUUGAAAAAUUUGGAUAAAAACAGUUAUAAACUAAUCUUUUUUUUAUCCGUUGCUAGAAAAAUGGUUAAUUUUCCCAAAAAUAAGAAUUUUAUGAUAUCUCUAUCAUUUGCUAGAAAGCUUAAGAGAAGAAAACGACAAACUUAAAUCUUUAUUAUUUCAAAAGCAAUCAGAAGAAAAUGAAAGAAUAAGUCAACAGAAUAAACUAUUAAAUGAGGUAAACUUUUUAAAGCAAGCUUUAGAGCUAGCCAAGCAAGAUAUUUCAAUGAAAGAUGAGCUUAUAAAUAAAUUAACUUCAGCUAAUACACAAUUAAACAAGUCUUUAUUUGACGCUGCCCAGCAAAUAGAAAAACUCACAAAGCUAACUAACGGUUUUCAAGAUAAAACUUCUAGACCAAAUGUGCUUAAAGAGAACCAUUUAAAUGAAAACAGCUUCGACCACCUAAAGCCUCCACAAACAACCAAAAUACUACCAUGCGAAAGUGCUGUUUCUUUUGAACGAAAAAUAAGCUCUGAAGCAAUAAAUUAUGACCUUUACCGGACUUCUAACAGUAUGGCAAGAGGGGUUCUGUUUGAUGACGAAAACAUACAAGUUGGCCUACAAAUAGCUUCUGAUGACACAAACAUAAUAGGAAUGAUGUACAUCGGCAACAAAAAUUCUUGCCCAAUCACUGAAAUCACAACUGAAGUAUCAGACUAUGAAAAAGAUGGGCUAGUUUUGUCAAUCAGUCCUACACAUUCUCAUGAUACCAUUCAGCAGGGUGCUCAAGCCAAUCGCAUGAUAAAGGCAUCUUUAAUUAACUUCACAGGUAAAAUCCCUUUGCUUAGCUUGAAAAUAAUGCAAGGUGUUGAGAAGAAGUAUUCUUUAUGAUUACCAAUAACUGCUGCAAGAUUUGUACAUGGGCUUCAACAAGACUCAAAAGAGAUAUGGAGGCUAUGAGAAGAGCUAGCAAGUAAAGAAGAAAAAAGAAAUAUUCCUUUACUGGGGAUAAAAUCAAUGCACGAGCUCUCUCUGCACAUCUCCUUUGCAAACUCAGUUAAGGUCUACACAUAUAAAGAAAUUGAAAAUCUCAGCCAAGCCCAGCUGCUUGGUGCUGGCAAUUCUAAACCUCCUGUCUUCAUUUUGACUACUAUUGACCCCAAUACUCUCCGAGUAGACGUAGCUGUAAGAUCUGAAAAUUCACGAAUACGCGAAUCCUUUCUUGAUUUAAUAACUGCUCAGUUAUGUGGGCCAGAAAUCCAUUAA